UGGUUCUUGCAGACCCCCCUAUAAGUAGCCCAUACCCCACCUCCAACGGUGCUGCUUGCUAUCUCAGAGUCCAGACUGUUUACUUCACCAUGUCCACUUCCAUUUACUCCCAUGCUCACUCCAUUUCUGCUGCUGCCUCGGACCCACUCACCAUAUUCCGCACUUGGGUUGAUCAGCACCAGUGCCCUGAAAAUAACAGCGACAUCGAAGAGUACCUCGAAGGGUUGUACUCACAGCUUGACCGAUAUAACCGCCGUGCAAAGGGCGUAUGCAUGCCCGAGGACCUCGCAGGCCAACUCAGCCUGCUGGUCGAUCAGGCGGCUCGGCGCAACCCCGAAGCUGCCCAUCGCGUGGCCGAGAGCACCCCCGGGUGGGAGCUCCUCGCUCGUGUCCUCGUGCGGCACGAACGCGAGCGCGCAGAGGCAGAAGACCGUCGUUGGGAGGAAGAAGAACAGUGUGUCCGAGAGGAAGAAGAGCAGCGCAUUCGAGCGGCUCGAGCUGCGGAGCGCGCCAAGCGCGCCGAGGCCGCCGAAGCUCGCGCCCCUGGUCGAGGAGGAAACGGGAUCGUGGUUGAACAGCGCCGCCUAAGCCUUAUCGAAGCCCCCCCGUCUAUCGACGAAGCUCCCGCCCCCAAGAAGGACAAGGGCAAAAAGAAACGCAAGCCCGACGACUCAUCAGCGAUAGCGAGGUUGAGGCAUUAGGGCUGCUCAAUUCUCGCCGCCCGUUCGUCGGUUCGUCGGGCACCUGCCCCGUAAGGCAGGUAGCAUCAGAUCCGGAUCAAGC